AUGGAAAAGUCACACCUACCAAUGCCGCAGAGAAAAAAAAUAGCUGUUCUCUCCAGAGAUUCCAUGCUACCAAGUCACGCUGGCACUAACAACAACAACAAUAACAAUAGUAAUAAUAAAAAUAAAAAUGCUAACAAAUGCAAGAGUUCGUCAACUUUCGGCGAAAGCAUCAAAACUGAGCCAUCCAGUUCCCUUAAGAGUAAGAUUAAAGAUGUUCAAUCAAGUAAUUCGUUGAAGAAAAAUAGUUCAAAUUUUAGUGCGAAACAUUCACCAAGUUUUGUCAAUUCGUCAGCAAACGAUUUGUCGACUUCAAAUACAAAUUUUGAUAGCAAUAAGAAAUUCAGAAUUAACAGCGCAGUUCAACAAAAUAUAACUGCUUGUCAUCAAACUCAAGUGCAAUCAGCAAAUUACAACAGCAACAAAAAUAAAUCACAUAGUUCGGAUUUGCAAAAUUCUAAGACUUUAAAAAGUUUCAGUAAGCAUAUACCGCAAUUUGCGAAAGACGUUUUAAGUUCAAAAUCAUCAAAAGUUCAACUAAUUUAUCAAAAAUUAGAGAAGUUUAAAUUCGAAAAUGAUUUGGUUGCCGAAGAAAUAGAGCAAGAUGAGGACUACGAUGAGAAUGAAAGCAGUCCGAUCUACCACGAGUUGGAUCCUAUUGGCAUCCAGUGUUCAAAACAUACUUACCAAAGCAUUGGUGAGAUACAAGAGGAACUGAGCAAGCUGGGAUCGACGUUUGACAUGACAGAACCACAUUCAGCUCCACCAGUUCCCAUCAGCGGGUCACCAGAACCUCUCGUCCCCUGUCAGCCCAUUGAUUCAACGCCUGUUACUCCUGCUAAAACAAAAUCAAACUCAAAAUCAUUUUUCUCAAAAAUGUGGCAACCCAAAAAAAUGCAGAAACCGUCUUCUUCGAAGGAAUGUAAAUUUAUAACGUCGAUGCCGUUACUACUGCCAAAACAAUCCCCUGACUGCAUGCCAGAAAAUCAACAUUCGCCUUCACUGGUGACAUUUUUGGGGAUGAGUGGUAGAAAUCAGAACGGUUCCCUGUCGCAACCUGGUUCGGCCAACUUGGAAAAGUCCGGCAUGCCAUCGUCCUCCUCAUCUCCACACUCGCACAGAGUUUUCACAUUCGAAGACAUUGACAUCGAUAAUGAACAAUUUAUUAACUCAAAUACUCUGUCGCCGUUAGAUAAAAUGUCUUAUCAGAUAAAUUCACCCACAAGCUGCAACAGAAAUAAUAGCGUGAACAAUUUUAAAUCCCCAAGAAGUGCACAGAACGUUAAAUUAUCGCCACUUGUUUUAAAUUCCAAUAAGACGUCUCUACAUUCGAACAAUAAAUGUUAUGCCACUUUAAUGUUUCCAGAGAAUCCACCCACUCGUAAAACAUGCAGUAAAAAUAGUAAUAACAGCAAGGAAAACAGAUUAAUGGCUUUUACUGCAAAAACUGAAAUGAACCAUCAACUUCCAAUCGAUCAAGUUUAUUCAACAAUUAACAAUGCUUUCCCUAGUAGAAAAAAUAAAAUUUCUUCAAACCACAAUGGUGCGCUUGCAGAGCAUAAAAUGUACCCGACUGUGUACAGCUCAAUGGAGUCAGUAUUAAGCCAAGAUACGUUGAGGUCGGACAGUCCAAUCAUGCCUUACUCGUCCUCAUCCAUCCACCGCUCUCCAUUCUCAAGUCCGAGUUGCGGCAUUCGCAUGUUGGAAAUUCGCGUCAAUUCCAGAAAGUCAGACAGCAAAUCUCCCUCGCCAUCUCCAGAAAUGCGUCCGCACCAACACCUUCAUCACAACGUCGUUCAAAAUAAAGACACAUAUGGUUCUAGCUCUGGUCAGUCGUACGCGAUUAAAUCUCCACCCAGAGUCAUAUGUAAGUCCCCGAAUAAAUACAUGCACACAAUUUUAGAGGAAGAUCAUGGCAUAGAUCAGUCCAUGUCUAUUGAACACCUGAAUGUAAAAAACAUUUUUGAAGAGGACCACCUCGAUGAAGACGACAACCAGCAGACGAUAAGGUCCAACGAAUCACGAAUGAGUCAUAAACACCCGGCCGGUUCCUCUGAGGUUCAUUCAUCGAGGUCCGUCAGUUUGUCUUCAGAUUUGUUUUCUUCUGAAGAUAGCGUCAGUUGCCACACGACAGAUUCAGAACUGAGUGCUGCUAAAAAUGAUAACGAUUCUGUCUUCGUAAAAAGUAUUGAUCCGUAUGAAAAAAUUUGUCAUUACAAACAACAACAACAUUAUUCUCCGUGGCAACAACAACAUCAAUAUCAACAGCAGCAUCAAUAUCAACAACAACACCAACAAUUACAACAACAAUAUCAGCAACAACCGCAAUAUCAACAACAAUUAAAUUGUCAAUCAACUUUGAAUUGGGUUAAUGAUGGAAUUUCCUAUAAAAUUAUAAAUCAAAAUUUAUGUUCAAAAAGUCAGGAUCCAGAUCAGAAUUUUGAAAAUUCAUCUGAAUCAACAGAACCACAUUUGCAGUUGCAGCAGUUGCAGCAGCAGCAGUCGGCUUGCCAACAGAAACAGCCGCAACAAGAUAGAGUAACCACAAAAACAUCAAAAUUACCCCAAUCUAGCAAACUACAACCUCCGAAAUUUUCAACAACCAGCCAACUAAGAACGUCUCCCAACACCAUCCCUUUAAAUUCUGUUUACAACUGCAAUUCUUCAAACCACGUUGACAAUACAUUCCAAACACACAACAACACUGCAUCCAAUAAUUUAACAUUGAGCAAACAAAACAAUUCAAUUUCGAAGAAUACCUCAGAACAACAAACGACGCCUGUGAAUGGCAAGAAAUCAUGUCUGCCUACGACUUCACCAGGGAUGAAGCACGCAUCUGCACUGAAAUAUUCUAAUCAACCGGGUAAAAUUGGCCAGAGAAAAAUUUUUUCAACCAAUGAACCUGCUCCACUUUCGCCGAGAAUUCAACCUUUCACAGAUUUGGUCGCAGUUGAAAUAAAAUCUCAUCAACCAACAUUACUUUCUCCCACAAGAACUGUUAAGCCUUUGUCUAAACCUAUAAAAACAAAUUUUGGAUUUGUUAGAGAAUCGCAAUCCACGGUUAAUGCCUCUACCGGCAAUACUAGCGGCAUGGCUAACAACAAUAGAAGCAAUGGUAUCAGUAAUCUUUCUCCAAGACACUGUCAAACAAUCGCCGCGCCAACGAGAACCUUGCCCACUUCUUCAUCACCCUCCAACAAUUUUGAUUCAUUUCCCAAAAGCAAGACAGCAGUCAUUAACAGUUUCUACUCAAAAGGAUCAUCCAGCAACAGCAGCGGGAUAUGUGAACACAAUGGCAGCUUAUCAUCGAGUCCGACCAGCAGCAACAGCUCCAUGUUCAGCGCUCUGGACAGCGAGAAUGAUGGCGUUCUUUUCUCGCUCAGGAGGGAUUUUUCAACCUGUGAAAGUAGAUUCAGGUUUGGAGAAAAAUUUGUUAGUCAUGGAAAUUUUAACAGCAAUUGCAUUACUCCAGGCAACAAUAAUAUAAGUAAUAAUAAUAAUAUUUCGAGUUUAGAAAAUGAUAGCGUGGCCAAUAAUUCAGAUAAAUCUAAAAUUAAACAAGCCUCAAACUUUCCUGCGGUGGUCAAAAAUAAUAUAUUGAAGAGUUCCUCUGCGAAAGUUGGAAGUCUCAGUAAAGAUCUUUUAUGCAAUCCUACCGACCAGCAACUCAAACCAUCUAAACUGCAAGUACCUCGAGUCAACGAUGUAAAAUGCAAAGAAAGGUUCAACAAAAUCUUGCACGGAACCUUCGAACCUCACUUGACCCCGAGGUCAAAAAGUCCGAAAGUUCAUUCUAAUCCACCGGUCACUCUUCCUGCAGUAGCAGUUAACCUCAGUAGCAACGCUGUUAGUUCGACCAACACUCAAGCCACACCUUCGAAUAAAAAUAACAUUUCCUCUAACACAAUCAAAACAACUGCCACGGAAAUCAACUCAAACAACAAAUCCGCAAGUGAGAACAACUCUACGGCACCUUUUACAUUGAAAGAGACGGCGAAAAUGAACACAUCAACACUAACAACUACAACAACAGCCUCGUCGCCCACAAAAACAGCUAUCCCGUCCCUAACAACCCAAACAACGACAACCUCAACAACAUUACUAUCGAGUCAUAAUCGCCAACAAAACAGUGCUGCUGCUGCUGCAAACUGUAGGCAAAUUUAA